AUGAUGCUACAGAAAAGAUUAAGUACACAACUACUACUCAAAAGAUAUUACUCAAUAGAUUACAUAACUUAUUCAAUACCCAAUGGAGAAUUCAAAUUAAGUGAUUUAUAUAAAGAUGAAAAAAGACAACAACCAAAACAUUAUAAUCAAAAACUACGGAAAAAAAUCAUAAAUCCAGAUAUGUUGAAUAGAAUUUUUCAAGAAGAUGGAUAUGAAUCUUACAGUAAGAAACAAAUAACCCAAUCUCAAAAAUUUUUUAAAAAUUUUAAAGUAAAUCUAGAUUGGACUUUAACUGAUUAUAAUGAAAUACCGAGUGUUAAAUAUGAAAUUUUGAGAAAUGAACAAUCAGCUAAAUCUCAGGAUAGUACCUCAUCAAGAAAAACAUUUGGAAUUAAACCAGAAUUAUUAACAAAUCUACCAGAAAUUUUAAUAAUUGGUCAUACAAAUGUUGGGAAAUCUUCAUUAGUAAAUAAUUUAUUAAAACCUAAAAAGACUUUAAAUAAACUUGAUCAAUUAGCUUAUGUUUCUGCAAGAGCAGGAUAUACAAAAACUUUAAAUUGUUUUAGAUUAUCAAAUAAAUUAAGAAUUAUUGAUAGUCCGGGGUAUGGGAAAAGAGCUAUUGGAACUCAAGGUGAUAUGGUUAUAAAUUAUAUAAAUGAACGUCAACAAUUGAAAAAAGUUUUGUUUCUUGUUGAUUCAGUGGAAGGAUUUAGAAAUGAAGAUAAACAUAUUAUAGAUCAUUUAAUUGAACAAGGGAUUCCAUUUGAUAUAGUUUUCACAAAAAUGGAUGAAGUGUUGAAGAAAUAUUUUAAAAAUGAUAUUUUCAAACUUGAAUAUCCUGAUGAUAAGAUAAAAGAAGGUAAUCAAAAAGUUCUUGAAUAUUAUUAUGAUUUACUUGAAGAUUCAAAUCUUAAUAAUUCAGUAAUAAGUCCAAGGUAUCUUUUCAAUAACACUCAAUUAAAUAAUUUUAUUGGAGAAUUUCAAGGUACUAAAUCAAUUAGAUGUAAUAUACUAGAAAGUUGUAAUUUACUUACUACUACAUGA